AUGCAGUCUUGCGUCCAUCAGUCGCACAAGGUCUUCCACGUCAUUGGCAUGGAAGCUCACGUAGACGAGGCGCUUAGACGAGAGGAGCUUCGACCCGGGGACGAGGAGGCCGUAGAGAUCGCGGCUGUUGAGGAUGACGAGGAGGAAGAGGAUGACGAUGAGGAGAUGGGAGAAGGAGGUGACGAAGCCCUCGAGGAGGAUGAAGACGAAGACGAGGAAGGCGGAGAGAUGGAUCAGAUGGAUGCAGAUGGUGAGGAGGCUGAGCAUCACGGGCAUGAUGGCGAGGACGAAGGCGACGAGGAUGAGGACGAAGGCUACGAUGAGAACGAGGAGGAGUACGACGGUGACAUGGAUGGCGACUUUGGCGGCGAUGGCCAGGGGAUUGCCAGUGUAGACAUCGACCUGGGUGAGGCUGGUGCAGCUGGCCAAGAGAUGGCACAUGAUAAUACCCAUGUCAUCCAUGGAGUUCACAGGGGUGGCCAGCCGUCAACUGAGAUAGCAUUGGGGGGAACAGCCGCCACGUGCUGGGCAGACUGCGAGUCGCAGCUGCAGCUGGUGCCCAAGUUCGCGGGCAGUGUUGGCUGGGCUGAGCCGGGCGAGAUGGAUGCACCUCAGGAGCACCCGCUCCUGCGUUUUUUUGUGCCCAACGCCCGUGUUUCAGAUCGUUUCACCAGGUCUCACAUGGAAUCCCACCAGUCGCAGAUUGCGCAGUGGAUGCCACCAGGGAACAUUCGCCAGUUUCUCGGAAACGUUGAGCCGAUCAUCCGCACGCCGAGCAACCUCAGCGUCAUGGCGCCAAGCGGCGGCAACGCCAGUCACCGCGGCGAGGACUUUGAGGCUGUCUUCAGCGAGGUGGCGAGACGCUUGCAGUCCAACUUCGCCGAGCCGCUCCCGGCCAGGGCCGUAGCCGGAACCUUGCCCCAGAAGACUGGGAUGACCCCUGCUUUGAGGACGAGGUCCACAAAGCCCGAACUUCCCCGCGAUUCCUCUGGUAUCGUGCUGGGUGCCGCUGCGAGCCUCUGCGCGGCGACGCUCUGCCGUCGUGACCGGCAGCGAGGUGGUGCUCGCAAUGUGCGCACUCUGCCAAGACCGGCAGAGCUCGGGACAAGGGGAACCCCAGCCCCCCAUGACCUGCUGCUGCGCGUGGCGCGGGGCGAGACAGGGGAGCACACACCCGUGUGGCUAAUGCGGCAAGCCGGGCGGUACAUGAAAGCCUUUCGGAAGUACUCGGAGAGAUAUCCAUUUAGGCAACGCUCGGAGACGCCGGACAUGGCCAUCGAACUCUCGCUCCAGUGCUGGAGACAGUACGGCAUGGACGGAGUCAUUGUCUUCUCGGACAUUCUGACGCCCCUGCCAGCUAUGGGCAUUAGCUUCGAUGUCGUGCGUGGGCGAGGGCCCAUCGUGCUUGGCGACCUGGCGCGCACCCUGGAGGACCGCCUGCAAGAGGGCCCCGGAGAGAUCAGGGAAGUCUCGAGCCACGAGGGCUUCAAAGACAGCCACGGCUUUUUGAAAGAGACGCUUCAGGCGCUGAGGAGCGAAACGGAGAAGAAGUGCAGCUUGCUAGGCUUUGUCGGAGCGCCCUGGACAUUGGCUGCCUAUGCAGUCGAGGCAGGUGGCACCAAAGAAGCGGCCGUCUUCAAGAAGUGGAUGUUCAGCAAACCCGAGACAGUCAUUGCAUGA